AUGAAGAUUACGAUCACGACAAAGAUGGUAGGUUUGUCAGUGUUUGAUAGCACGACCGAGUACGACACAAACGAUCAACUGUAUGCUGUUGUUGAUCGAAUAAAACGGCACCACGGGUCGACUGUUUCAAAUAUUCGGCUAUGGAAGUCGAAAGUGGAGCCGACAACAAUUCUACGCGAUCCUCUGCAACCUCUGUCCAGCAUUUUCGGUGGUGAAGAACAAAGCAGUGAGCACUCUGUACAACACUGCAUAUACUACGAUUUUAGCCCUCAAGAAAGCAAGUGCGCUAUUCUAAAUGAAGAGUAA